GUCGUGGAGCGGCGAGGCCUCGGGUGAGCGCGGGGGCCUCCGCCUGAAGGUCGCCUGGCAGCCAGGCACCGUCUCCGAGGAGUGGCCCGCGCCACAGGCCGCGGGGCUGGAGGAGGACGUGCGGGCCGAGCUGCUGUACGAGGCUCAGGACAUGCCGCGGCACCACGGCGGGCUCCCCACCGAGCCUGCGCUGGACGGGCUCGGCAGCUUCCUGGCCGACCUGGUCGCCCGGGUGGACAGCCUGGAGCGGAGCAACCUGGGCCUGGCCGGCCUCGUGGAGGCCCUGAUCGAGCAGGUGAAGGCGCAGGUGCCUGGGCCACCGGGGCCUGCGGGGCCGCCCGGCGCCCAGGGCCCUCCUGGGCCUAAGGGCUUGCAGGGCCCGCCCGGACCCCCAGGGCUGCAGGGGCCCGAGGGCAAGCGCGGGCCGCAGGGCCGUGAGGGGCCCGAGGGCCCCCCCGGCGAGCCGGGCAGGCAGGGCCCCGAAGGCCCUGCAGGGCCGCAGGGCUCCGACGGAGUGCGCGGGGCGCGCGGCGAGCACGGCCCACCGGGGCCGCCCGGGGUGCCCGGGCCGCCAGGGCCAACAGGCGCCACUGGGCCGCGAGGCGAGCCGGGGGCAGAGGGGCGGCCGGGAGAGGCUGGCCCUCGCGGCCCGCCCGGGCCCGAGGGCGCGCGCGGGCCGCAGGGGGCCCCCGGCGUGCCCGGCCCCGCCGGGGUGCAGGGGCCGCGCGGGCCGCAGGGCGAGGCGGGGCCCGCAGGCGACCCUGGCGAGCUGGGGCUGCCGGGGCCUCGCGGGCAGCCGGGGCUGCAGGGCCCCAGGGGCGAGAGGGGCCCGGUCGGCGGCAGGGGCUCGCCCGGGGUCCAGGGCCCGGCGGGCGGCCACGGGGCCCACGGCUCUUCUGGACCGCCAGGAGACCGGGGGCCGCAGGGGCCGAGCGGGCCCAGCUGGGUGCAGGUGCGGCUGCCACCACAGAGCGGCGCCGACGGCCCGGCGCCCGCGCAGCUGCUGGACGGCCUCCGCGGUGCGCUCGCGGGCCGCGCGGCUGGCGGUGGGCCGGUAGAGGUGCCGCCGCCAGCUGACGGGCCCGCUGAUCCGCAGUGGCCAGUUGCCAGCUGA